AAAAGUAUGCAACUAGCCAUUUGCUUACACUUUCAAACGCAUUGUUUAGCGGGAAAACACAAUCGGCACUACUCUCUAUCAUCCAUGGACGCCAUCGGCGCCGGAGCAGAGAAGAAAACGGCCAUCUCCAAGAAGAGACCUCGCCGUACCACACAAUCAAAACCUAAACCUAAAAUUGAAGUUCCAACUAGCGGCGAUAUAGAGGACUUCAGUUUCAGCAAAGACGAAGCCCUACAAAUUAGGGCUUCUCUAUUGGAAUGGUACGAUAAUAAUCAAAGAGACCUUCCUUGGCGAAGAAUAAGUAGUAGUAACAGUUGCGGAUUUAAAGAAGAAGAUGAUGAUGAUGAGAGAGAGAAAAGGGGUUAUGCAGUGUGGGUAUCUGAAGUAAUGCUUCAGCAAACUAGGGUUUCAACUGUGAUUGACUAUUUUAAUCGGUGGAUGAAUAAAUGGCCUACUCUUCAUCAUCUCGCUCAAGCUUCUCUUGAGGAGGUGAAUGAAAUGUGGGCAGGUUUAGGAUACUAUAGACGAGCUCGGUUUUUGUUGGAGGGUGCAAAAGAGGUUGUCGAACAAGGAGGUACUUUUCCGGAGACAGUUUCAGAUCUUCGCAACAUCAAAGGAAUUGGUGAAUAUACUGCUGGUGCUAUAUCCUCAAUCGCCUUCAAAAAGGCAGUGCCUGUUGUUGAUGGAAAUGUGGUCAGAGUUAUUUCUAGGCUGAAGGCUAUAUCUGCAAAUCCAAAAGAUGCAGCGACAGUUAAGAAUUUUUGGAAACUUGCAGGGCAAUUAGUUGAUCCUUUUAGGCCUGGAGAUUUCAACCAAGCUCUUAUGGAACUUGGGGCUACGUUGUGCUCUCUUUCGAAUCCAGGUUGCGCUGCAUGCCCCAUCUCUGCUCAAUGUCAUGCUUUAUCACUCUCUAGGCAGAACGAAUCAGUUCAUGUUACAGAUUACCCAAUUAAAGUUAUGAAGGCCAAACAAAGGCAUGAGUUUUCCGCUGUUAGUGUUGUAGAGAUACUGGAUUGCCAGGAAACGAUAGGACCUAAAUCCAGCAGCAAAUUUAUUCUUGUGAAAAGACCAAAUAAUGGUUUACUUGCGGGCCUCUGGGAGUUUCCAUCAGUUCUCUUGGAAAAGGAAGCAGACUUGGCCUCGAGAAGAAUAGCAAUUGAUAAAUUUUUACAGUCAUCAUGCAAUCUAGAUCUUAAAGAAUCUAUUAGAAUAGUUUCACGAGAAUAUAUUGGAGAAUAUGUCCAUGUCUUCAGUCAUAUACGCCUCAAGAUGUACAUAGAGUUGCUGGUCUUACGUCCAAAAGGAAAUAGAAGCAUUGACUACAAAAAGCAGGACAAAGAGAGUAUGACAUGGAAAUAUGUCGAUAGUAAAAACCUCGAUAGCAUGGGAUUGACAUCUGGAGUAAGAAAGGUUUAUAACAUGGUACAGAAACACAAGCAAACUGACCAGGGUACCAUCCCAGAAAGGAGGAGGAAGCCAGCAUUAAGAAGAUAGAGAUGGUACUGGCUGUGCCAAUAAAACCUUUACUGACCACUCAGGAAAUAUUAAAGGCUCCCUUAGUGACGGGACAGGAAGACGUUAUUGUGCAGCUGUUUGACAAUUGGUGUAUAACAGAUCAUACAGAUGCUAAAUUAUUGUAUCUUAUUGGCAUGUGUAUCCAAGCUCUUGUCUGCGUUAUUAAGCAGAUGCAUUGAAUUUUGUACUUUUUAAGUAAUUAAAGUGGAUGUGUAAGCAGUGCCAGCGGUUCCAGGAAUCUAUUGGUUGUAAAAUAUUUUGUACACCUGUAUGAAGUAGCUUUAUAUUGGAACACAUUUGGCAGUCA